UUUUUUGUAAAGUUGGAACCGUGCUAAGACCGCCAUGAUGUACCUGGUGUGUGUGAAACAGCCUCUGCGGAGCCAUUGGUUCUUGUUACUAUAGUGACGCAGCGAGCUUUUACUACCGCGAGCUGCAGCUUAGCAUCUCUGCUCAGGGACAGCAGGAGUCCGCGAGCCUUCUACCAUGGAGCGCUGCGUUUAUUCACCAUAAGGUUACCGUCCCGCGGUAGGUCCAACAUGAUGACCUACCAGAUGCCUACCGCCAAAGCUUUCAUAUCAAAGGGCAGCCUGAGCUACGGCCGCGCUACUCCCGGAUACCCGGCGUACAGCGGCUUCGGGAUGGGAGCCGGCGGAGGACGCGCCGCGGUCAGACCGUGUCAGAUACGGAGAUUCCCUUUAUUGCGGCCUCUUAACAGGACCCGGAACGACAAUGCCUUAGUGAGCAGCUUCAUAAUUAACGGGACACCAAACUUACCUAAAAAGGACAGAGCGGUGUCCAAGAACGUUGACCAAGGGAACGACAUCUUUGGGAGGCACUUUCUGUUUGAGAAAACAUGUGCAAAGUUGGAGGGGAACAGACCUGUGAUUCCUCCACUGCCCAGAGACAGAGAUGAGCAUCGACCUGUUAGACUGCACUCCUUCAGCCUCUCCACGGAGCUUCCCAGCCUCCCUUCAGGGAGACCUUUCACCCUGGGUUCUCCUAGAAGCUACAAGGUGAACGCCAGUCCCACCGUGCUCUUUCCCUCCACUUUUGUCCUAAAUGGCAAGAACACUUUCUCAGUGGAAAGCUGCAAGCUCAGCAGGCCCAAGGUGCAUUAUCCAACCUACAACCCAGUGACUGUUAAAGACAAUCAGAAAAGCCAGUCCUAUCCAGACCCAGUGGUCGGAGCCCCCCGCUCUUUCGUCCACCGGAUUUCCGAGCUCUCCUCCUUGGAGGGGGAGACGGUGAGACAGGAGAAGCUCAAGAAAAUCAGGAAAUCUAGAAAAUCUCCGUCCUGACAAUCACCUCCUUCCGAGUCGCGGCGGCCCAGGAUUAAAACGGUUGAGUCUGUGCCAACAGCUGAACAAAAUCAAACUCUUAGGGCGCCAUAUUCAUUUCACUGGCUUGUUCUGAUGGCGUGCUUGUCUUCGGUGAUACUGUUUGGCUGCUUAACGUGGCUGCUUCUUACCUUUUGGGGCUCCUGACUGUCCUUCAGUGAUGACAUGUAGUUUUAACUCAGUCCUCUCAAAGACAACGGUUCCUGAUGAUGACUUUUAAGCAGAUAACUUGUAGACCCUUAUUUGUCAGUAGUUUUCCCCUCCACACCACCUGCAUGGAAACAUGUUUUAUUCAUUUCUUUAAUGGUUUGUAACGGCCAUGAAGCAUCGCUGCCACGUUUCUCUCUGUAUGCUGUGGAUGCUGUCUAACUUGAGUCUCAAAAUACCCCAGUGUUACUGAAAUAUUUGUUUUGUUUACUAAGUGAAAUAUAUUGGCAUAGUCUAGCUGAAACUCUUGUGCCUUGUUGAAUGUCUUCCUGAAAUGAAAUAAAUUUAUUUUUGUUAUUCCAAA